AUAAAUAAGCUCCCCAGACCCAACUACCAGCUCAAACCUCCUUCCAUCCAUACACAGAUCAGCUCAGCUCAACCCACUUCUCCUCCUUUCUUGGCAUCUCACACGAGCCAGAUAGCGAGCGUUUUCUCCUUUCCUCCAUCUCUUUGCUUCUUCUUGCCAAGCCGAGCCCAGCCUCCAGCGUCGUCGGAAAGAUGAAGAGCAGGAGGCAGAGUGGCGGCGGCGCAGUAGCUGCCGUCGACGGGAACACCAGCAGCGGCUGCGGCGGUGGCGGGGGAGGCUGCAAUAGCAAGAUGGAGAGGAAGGACGUGGAGAAGAACCGCAGGCUGCACAUGAAGGGCCUCUGCCUCAAGCUCUCCUCCCUCGUUCCGGCCACCUCCACGCACCACAUCCGCCAUUACCAGAGCUCCAACACAUCGUCACAGUCGAACAAUAACAACAAGGACGCGAUCACGCAGCUGGACCAGCUGGACAGCGCGGCGGCGUACAUCAAGCAGCUCAAGGGCCGGAUCGACGAGCUGAAGCGGCGCAAGCAGGGCGGCGCCGGCGGCUGCUCCCCGUCCGCAUCCGGGAACAAGGCGUCGUCCACGACGACGACCGCGACGGCGUCGUUGCCGGUGAUCGAGGUGCGGCACCAGGACUCGACGCUGGACGUGGCGCUGGUGAGCGAGGCCGGGAAGCCGUUCAAGCUGCACGAGGUCAUCUCCGUGCUGGAGCAGGAGGGCGCGGAGGUCGUCAGCGCCAGCUUCUCCGUCGUCGGCGACAAGAUCUUCUACACGCUCCACUCCCAGGCGCUCUGCCCCAGGAUCGGCCUCGAGGCCGACAGGGUCACGCACAGGCUGCACGGCCUCGCCGCCGCUGCCUCCGCCGCCGCCGCCGUCUACACGGCAUGAGCUAGCUGCAUCUCUUCGUUUUUCUAUUUUUUCAUGGCGACCAACCUACUGAUCGACAGACAUGGGUCGAAGGAGAAUCGAUGGAGCUGUUUAAUUGAUUUGCAGCUGUGCGUGUGCAUCGGCUAGCUCGCUGCAAAUUGUUAGUUUUUUCAUCAAACAGGGCAGCAAUGUUCUAUGUGAUGUUUUUUUGCAGCUUGAACCCUCCUGGCUCUUGUAGUGUUCUUGGAUGAUUAGUUGGUUGGUUGCCUCCUCUGCUUGUAAGCUGCAGGGUUCACCUAUCUGAAGUCUAGUGUAGCUAUGUAAUUCUGAGGUCCUCUUUUUUUCCUUCAGGAUAUCUGAAUUUUCCAGAGUGUCCGAGUUUCUAGUAUUCUGAAACCAGAUGAUCGAAUAAAUGAAUGAUCUUGUAUGCUUUGAGGACA